AUGACUUCUGUUGCUACAGCCGCAAGACCUGCCCUGGUAAUCGUACCUGGCAACUUCAGCUUACCUCGCUUCUGGAGCGCCAUCCAGCGGUCUGCUGAAGACAAAGGCUAUCCCGUCGAAGUUGUUCCUCUUCAGUCUUCUCGUGAAGGAAGGAUUGAUCCUGCGCCAGGUUUGGCCGAUGAUGUAAAUGUGGCUCAGUCGGUCCUGAACAAGCACAUCAACCAAGGAAAGGAUUUUGUCAUGCUCAUGCAUUCAUAUGGUGGCAUAGUUGGAACUGAAGCAACUCGCGGUUUGAGUCGCACUGAGCGAGAAAAGGCAGGUCGAAAGGGUGGGAUAACUGGCUUGAUCUUUCUGGCUGCGAUCUUUGCACCUCCUGGCAAAAGUACUAGGGGGCUAUACGAAGCCAACCCGGGCCGCUAUCCCCGCCGCGAGGGUGAUUAUCUUGUAUGCGAUGAAGAAACAGCUAUGUGCCUCUACAGCGAUCUCACAGAGGGGAAAGGCUUGCCACUAGCUCAGGACGCUUCCAAGAUUUCUCAGUCCGUUAGGGUCUUCGGCGAUGAGCAGACAUACGAUGGCUUCCAUAAACUAAUUCCAUCCACUUAUAUCCUGACUAAGAAGGAUGUGCUUGUUCCCGAAACAGCUCAGAGGCAGUUCAUCUCUCGACUGGAAGAGAACGGAGGUCGACGUGUUCCUGUUUUUGAGCUUGAUACGGCUCACUCGCCUCACCAAACAGAUUCCCAGUUGCUGAUGAGAACUUUGGCUAAGAUACUUGAGAAGGACCAUGGAGCCGAGUGA